AUGGCGCGUUUACUAUUCGUCGUAUCGUUCGCCGUCCUGCUGGCGGUGGCGUCCGCAGGACAAACCGUCGUGACGGGUCCCAACAACCCGGCGGUGAACCUCGACCAAGCUAAGGGCGACAAUGGCGUGGCGACGGUGGUCCCUCCUGGCAUCGAGAAGGCGGCGGCUGCGGGCAAGCUGGACAACUUCGAGGGGACAACGAUCGUGAGCCCGAGCACGGACAGCAUGCUGAUGGUGGACGUGAAGCAGGCCGGAUGGAACAAGAUGAAGUGCCACAAGGACCUGGGCAAACCCGGGGACGGCGCGUGCACGCCCGCCAACUGCAGCAAGGGCGGCAUCCCCGCCAAGUGGAAGACGUCGAACCUGCUCAAGAACAAGCUGGGCGUGGAGGUGUACGUGAAGGGGAAUCCGCUGACGCUCAAGAAGGCGUCCCCGCAGACGUGCUGCAACACGUGCGCGGGGUUCAGCAGCUGCACGUACUGGCAGUACAUUCCCGAUAUUACCAUCGACGGCAAGAAGACGGAGGGCGCGUGCUACCUGGUGCACGACAACAUCGACUACACGUGCGGCGAGCUGACGGCGCAGUACGCGACGGACUCGAAGCCCAUCGCGCUGCAGCAUAUGCACACCAGCUCCCCUGCUUAUAAAGUGUACGUUGUCGGGUCCUGGCUUGCAGGCCCCUUCCAUACAGGUGCAGGGCUCGGCGCGCGGCUCGACAUCCUCCGGGACGGCUGCCCAAGCGUAGCUGACAUUCGUCGCCGGCUCUAUGCUCAACUUCCCCUCGACCACGCCGCCCGCUGGAUCCACGUCCUCCCCGCUCCUCCUCCCUUCCUCCCCGACCUCUCCCAUGACUUUCUACGGGAGCAACCCAGGCUCCAACGCGACGUCUUGUAUCGGUUCUACACUCGCGCUCUCCCUUCGGGUUCACGCUUCAACUUCGCCGCAGACCGUGGGAUUUGUUCACUCUGCCUCGCCGCUCCCACGGAGACCAUAUCCCACAUUUUUUACGAGUGCGGGGUGGCCCCCGCGGUGAUUUCCGCCCUCUCCUCCGUCGCUCGUCGUCACAUCCACUGCUCUCCUCCUCCUGAGCUCCUGCUCUUCCCGCUCGCCUCCAGAGCUGGCCAGGUGGCCCCUUGGAGCCUUCUGGUUGGGGCAUCUACAAAAGCUAUUUGGAACGCACGCUGUGAACACAAGUUCCAAGAUUCGCCCCCCUCCCGGUUUGAAAUCCUCCAGCUCAUACUGGCAAACGCUGACGAGGUUUCCGCCGAACCCUCUGCUCCUUCCGCCGAUGCAAAAGCCGAACCAGACAGGGAGAUUGUAGCGGGGAAUACGGCGGCGGAGGAUACGGGGAAGAAGGCGGAGGAUGCGGAGAAGAAAGCGGAGGAUGAGGGGAAGAAGGCGCAGAAGCGGGGGAAGGAGCUGGAGAAGCGCUUGCGCCGGUUGCGGGAAGUGAUGGCGGAAGUGGAUGGGGGGAAGGGCGUCGACGCGUUCAUCAUUCCGUCCGAAGACCCGCACCAGAGCGAGUACAUGGCGCCGUGCUUCGAGCGCCGCGCGUUCAUCUCCGGAUUCACGGGGUCCGCGGGGACGGCGGUGGUGACGCGCGAGCGCGCGCUGCUGUGGACGGACGGGCGCUACUUCCUGCAGGCGGAGCAGCAGCUUCCGCCCGCCUGGGACCUCAUGCGCGCGGGCAUGCCUGGCGUGCCGUCCGUCGCUGACUGGCUGGCUGAGGCUCUCCCUGCGGGUAGCAGAGUGGGGGUUGACCCGUUUGUGCACUCAGCGGACAACGUGAGGGGCCUGGCGGACACGCUGGCAGCCUCCUCAUCUGUGGUGGUGCCUCUGCUGCGCGAGAGCAACCCCGUUGACGUCGUGUGGGGCGCGGAGCGCCCCCCUCCGCCCUCAGCGCCCAUGAGGGUGCACCCGAUUGAGUUCGCAGGGCGGACGGUGAGGGCGAAGCUGCAGCAGCUGCGGGCGGAGAUGAGAGAGGCGGGUGCCACGGCGCUGCUGGUGUCAGCUCUUGAUGAGGUCGCGUGGCUGCUCAACGUGAGGGGUGCAGACGUGCCGCACUGUCCAGUGACAGUGGCGUACGCAGUGGUGGAGACGGAGGCGGCGCAUCUCUUCGUGGACCCCAGCAAGGUGGCAGCGCCUGCAGUGGCAGAGCACCUGGCAGCAGCAGGCGUGACUGUGAAGCCCUACGGGGACCUCGUGCCUUUCCUCCAGAGAUCCGCAAUGGACGGGGCGCGCCUGUGGCUGGACCCUGCCUCAGCCUCCUCUGCAGUGCUCUGCUCCGUUGAAGCCGCCUGCGCUCAGUUCUACGAGCAGAGAGCCUCAGGAAAGGGGGGAUUCGGGGGGAAGAAAGGGAAGAAGGGAGAGAAAGGGGAGAAGAAGAGCAAAGAGGGGAAGGGAGGGAAGGGGAGGGAGGAGCGAGGGGGAGGAGGAGGGGAGGAAGUGGAAGGGCCGGCAGUGCUGAGUCACACCACCCCCAUCUCUCUGGCCAAGGCGCUGAAGAACGAGUCUGAGAUUGAGGGCAUGAAGAACGCCCAUAUCAGGGACGCCGUGGCAAUGGCGCAUUUCUGGGAGUGGGCGGAGAGGGCGGUGGUGGAAGAGGGGAGGGCAGUGACGGAGGUGGAGUUGGGGGAGAGGCUAGAGGCGUUCCGCGCACAGCAGGACGGAUUCCUGGACACCAGCUUUGAUACCAUCGCAGGUUCAGGGAAGAACGGAGCAAUCAUCCACUACCGAGCUGAGGAGGGCAGCUGUGCGGUGGUGGAUCCUUCCAGGAUGCUUCUGCUGGACAGCGGGGCACAGUAUGUGGACGGCACAACAGACAUCACUCGCACUGUUCACUUCGGAACCCCCUCCGACUAUGAGAAGGAGUGUUAUACACGCGUGCUGCAGGGCCACAUAGCACUAGAUCAAGCAGUGUUCCCCCAGGGGACCCCCGGUUUCGCCCUGGAUAUCCUAGCCCGCAAGGCACUGUGGGGCAUGGGGCUGGACUAUCGGCACGGCACGGGGCACGGCGUGGGGGCGGCUCUGAACGUGCACGAGGGGCCGCAGAGCAUCAGCCCGCGGUUUGGCAACGCGACGCCGCUGCAGGCGGGCAUGGUUGUGAGCAACGAACCGGGGUUCUACCAUGAUAACCAGUUUGGGAUCAGAAUCGAGAACCUUCUGGUGGUGAGGGAGCAGGAAACACAGUUCCGGUUUGGCGGCACAACAUACCUGGGUUUCGAGUGCCUCACACUCUUUCCAGUCCAGACGAAGCUGGUGAGUGUGGAGCUCCUAAGUGAGGCGGAGAUCGAGUGGAUCAACGACUAUCACCAACGCGUGUGGGAUACUGUGUCCCCUCUGCUGUCAGGAGCUCCCCUGGAGUGGCUGCAGCGCAACACUCGACCCAUCUCUCACGCUCAGGCGGUACCGAAACCUGCAGCAGGCAAAGGAGCAGCAAAGGGAGCCAAAGCAGGAGCAAAAGCAGCAGCCAAGGCUGCUGCAGCUAGCUAA